GAAAGCGACUCCCUGGCGUCUGUUAGCAAAACCGGAAGUACUCAGGGGUGAACCCCUUUGACAUCAUUCGGCGACUAGCAGUCUUUUGUUUGUUAGGGCAGCUGAGCCGCAUCUGACUUCAAGAAGGAAGCAAACGUUCAUGAUGGACGAAUUCGGAGAUGGGGAAGCCCUUCCUGUUGGAGAGCUGUCUCAGUGUAAUACCUGUAAAAGAAUGUUCUUUCUGAAAGUCCUGGAGAGGCAUUCCAAGAUCUGCCAAAAGUCAACAUCGAAACGGAGGAAGGUUUUUGAUUCCAGCAGGCAAAGAGCGGCUGGCACGGACAUCCCCACCCUCAAACCCCUUAAACCAAAGGCAGAGCCCCCAAGGAAGCCGUCCAAUUGGCGCAAGAAACGCGAGGACCUAAUCUCAGCCCUCCACGCAUCCAGAGCCAGCAUGAGGGCCAUGAAGAAAGGUGCACCUUUGCCCCCGCCUCCUCCUCCUUCAUAUGACCCAGACCUAAUCCAGUGUCCCUAUUGUCAGCGGCGGUUCAACGAAAAUUCCGCUGAAGGACAUAUUAAGUUCUGCCAGGAUCAGGCUUCCAGGAUGGGUAACAGGAACAAGUUGUCCAAUGCCAAGAAAACUCCUGCUCGCGCACAGUACAAGCCCCCCACUCCUGUCAAGAAGGUCAACUCUGCAGUGUCAACCAUCCCUUCGGCCUCCUCCCGUCUCCCUCAGAGAUCAGGCCUUGCUCAGACGACUGGAGUGCCUUCCAGUAAGGCCUCCUCUGCAGCUUCUAUGAGGACAAACACAUCUGGGAUCACGAGCCCUGCUUCUGGUGUGGGAAUGAAAGGUCGAGUAAUGGGCUCGGGAUACGGUUCUCUGAGGAACACUACGCCCGGAAGAGGCCCGCUCAACAAGAAGAAACAGGAAGACACUUGCAUAACGAGGGAUGACGUCAACGGCAGUAACGAUGUGGACAACGAUGAGAAAAAGAGCAAGUUUUGUCACUCAUGUGGGACCAGGUACCCCGUAGAAUCUGCAAAGUUUUGCUGUGAGUGUGGCAUCAGAAGGAUGUGUAUCUAAGGUAAAGGGACCGAUGGGAAAAAUAAAGUAUGUCAACGGUAAGUUUUAUUUUAUUUUAUUUUUAAAUGCAUGGUUUUACAAUUUAUUCUUGUCACCUUUCAUUUGAGUCCCAAAGUCUUCAUCGACAAUUGAAAGCUAUUAAUUGAAAACACAUUAGCUCAGGAUUAUUUUUUCUAAUGGCAGAAUUAUGAUGGCUGUGUUUGAUGUUUGGUUGUUAGAGCAUUUGAGUAGCAGUUAUGGCCAGGGCCGUGUUUCACAAAUAUGGAUCCUACAACUCGAUUUCAUCCACGCCCUUUGACAGGGAUUCAGUCCGUAUAAUCCCAUGUUCCAAAUCUUUAUCACUUUUCGUCACUUCCAGAAGAGAAACAUUCACCCAACUGCUACAAUUUUGAUAUAGCCUUCAAGCUUCAAUUGUUAAAAUAGCUGUGACAUUGGCUUUUUCAAAGUACUGCACUUGUGUUAUUGGACUAUUACUGGAGUCAUUGCCCCACACACCUGUGUCUCAAUUGGUACUAUCCAAUAUGAUAUAGUUCUUAUUAACUGACACAACAGUCUUAAAAGAGACAUUGGAUGAUGAUGAUGACAGAUGUAAUACGAAUUCUACUACGAAUUUUGUUACCGAGCGGGGUGCAGCUAAGACCUUGGGAUAAAGGGCUACCCAGUGUUGCAUCACGUGACCGACACAUUGGGGCGCGCGGCCCUAUGCGGCACUUGACGCGCACACGGCAAAGGUUUUUGCUGUGUGUAGAAUGCCGCGGAGAUCAUCUCCUCGUGAUUGGUCUGUUUUGGCCACAUGGUGUGAGGACGUGCUCAGCCAUCCCCUUGGUUCCACAUAUCAUCUACGUCGCGGCCUUCUUAAUCGAUUUGGCAGCAUAAUUAUAUGCGUCAUCUCGGUCCAUUUGUUCUCGCAGACACUGUCUGCACAGAUUUUAUAGACCGGGACCACGCCCCUUUUAACUUUUAAUGCUGAUAUUUCAUCACAAAUGUAGCAUUCUCUGUAAACCCAUACAUUCCUUUUCCGACUUGUUAUUUAUUCUGUCCUUAUUUCAUCUCAUUUGACUGGAUUUUUGUUAAUCUACUGAAUUUACGUUUUGUUUUUAUUUGCACGUGUACCAAGAUGGAUUGCACGUGUCUUUUGUUUUCGUUUGUUUGUUUUGUUUUCAUUGGUAUUCAGUGAAUUAAGGUAGUUUGGGUCCAAUAAUACAACAAACUUUCAGAGCUUGUCAGAAUUUAGUAUACAAGUGUUUCAACUGAAGUAUUUACCAGUAACGUGUCACUCCAAAAAUGGUGGACAUACUGUACUGAAAAAGCUAGGUUACUUUUUGACUGAAAUCAUACUAAUUUCUCAUAAGACGUUCAAAACCCUGGUAUUGAAAACACUAUGAAUGGGUGUAAAUCAAUAUCGAAUUCAUAUUGAUCUGUUUCAGAAUGUUGACAACACGGACACCUUCAAGCAUGGGUCGUUAUGUAGUUUUUGACACAUUUUGCCUGCUUCUCACGUAAGGUCUGAUGUUCCAUCAGGGUUACAUAAAGUCUCUGCUGCUCGCAUUAACGUUAGGCCGGGGUCAAAGGCACAUGUACCACAAGGUGGCACGGCAUUGACUUAGGAAAUGUAAUAGUCACUUUUACUGUUGGAAAAACGAUCGGAGCCAUGCAUACUUCCCAUGCUUCAUGUUCAUAAAAUAAAAAAUGCGUUCCUAUGCUGACUACAAAAGUCGUGUGUUUGUGCAACUCAUGCAAUGUAUAGCCUCCAUGAAUAAACCUUUA